AUGACUUCCAUGCUCUUUAUGAUGAUCUCUGUGCCAUUGGGCUUUGCCGGGACAUAUGUCCUCAACACCUUUGGACUGCGCUACAGCAUGAUCCUGUCCGCCUUCCUCAACGCUGCUGGCACAGUCGUUCGUUACGGCGGUGACUAUGCACAAGCCCCCCACUCAAAGCUGGCCGCUGUCUUUGCCGGCCAGGCCAUCACAGCCAUGGCCCAACCAGUUUUUCUUGACUCGCCUACUCUGCUGGCGGCCCAAUGGUUUGGCGAGUCGGAACGAGCUGUGGCCAACACCCUGGCCUCAGUGGCCAACCCCUUGGGCAUGGCCGUCGCCUCGGCCCUCACACCCGCCAUCGUGUCCAAGCCCGCGGACAUGCGUCUCAUGUUGCUCGUCAUGGCCAUCCCGGCGCUCGUCGGUCUCAUUGCUACCGUGGCUUUCUUCAAGUCGCGCCCUCCAACACCGCCCUCUGCCUCCGCUUCAGUGGAAUCUGUCAACUUCAAGGAGGGACUCGGUCGUUUGAUCCGCAACCCAGCUUACUGGGCACUCCUUUUUAGCUUUGCCGUGGGUAUUGCCCUCAUUUCUAGUGUGACCUCCCUCCUCGGCCAGCUCACCGCCGGCCAAGGUUAUUCAGACGACCAAGCUGGGUACUUGGGCAUUGUCAUGAUUGUUGCAGGACUCAUUGGUGCUGGCGUUGCCGGCGCUUUGCUGGACAAGUACCACUGCUUUCUCACUAUUUUUAAGGGCGCCUUUGUCAUUGCCGCGAUCUCAGUCGUGGGCAUCGUGUUCUUUGACAAGCCGGAUCACUUUGCUCUGCUGGCCACCAGCUGUGGCAUUCUCGGUCUGGCUGCCUUCUCUGCCCUGCCCACCGGCCUUGAGCUUUGUGUGGAGAUCACAUACCCUGUCAACGAGGGUUUGAGCACGGGCCUGAUCUGGAUUUUCAGUCAAGCGCUUGGUACUGUGCUCAUGUUUGCUACGAGCGCGCUGGCGGGUGAUGUGGUCUACGUGGACAAUCAUGGACAUGUUUUUCACAACGUCAGCCAUUACAGUGACGACGAUGAUGACUACACAGAGUUUCACCAGUAUCCACGAGCCCUUUACAUGUUUGCGGGAGUCACGGGCGCAGCCACCAUCGGUGCGCUUUGCAUCAAGACGAGAUAUCAUCGCCUGGAAGCGGAAGCAAGCCACAAAACCUUUAAUGUUCAGGUCUGA